AUGUCAAGUGUUGUGAGGUACAUGAGGAUGCAUGCCAAGGCUGAUGCUACAGCCACAAAUUUCGAAUCCGCGGUUGAAGACUUGGAUUUACUCAACUACGAAUACGAACAAUUUGCUGGAAAUGAUCUGCACCAUUUGUUCUUGGUUUUGAUGUGCAGCGGUUCAAAGAGCAAAAAUUGCCAUUUUGAUUUGGAGAUGGAGGCUGAAUUUCAAGAGAAUAAGGGAAGAGUUGCCUAUAGAAAUUGCUCAAAUUUGCUUGAAUUGGCAGCCACACACGAUCUGGAUGGUUUUAUAUGUGAAGCAGAGGAGAGGGGUUGUGAUAUUGAUGUCAAGGUUUUCACUUAG